AUGGCAAAUAUGGACGAGAGUGUUCAAGGGCCAAGUCUGCCAACAUUGGCAGAUUUAAAAAAUCAUUUGCGCAAAGAGCCGCUCUACUUCCAGGCGUUGGAAGGUUAUUUACGAAAUGCGGCGAAUUUGAUUAAUAGUUUGCGGGCGAGGUUGGAAAGAAAUGAGCAUGAAGCUCAUGAGGAUGAAGCGAUCCAGGUCCCAAGCGCAAGUCCUUCGCCAGCUCGGGAGCAAUUAGAAAUUUCCGAUGAGCUCCUGGAGCACGAGCCCGAAAUGGAGGGCGAACAUGAAAAUCAGGAACGGCUCGUGCUCCACCGCCUCCAACAGCAGCUACAUGAAGAGCAAGAAGUGGUUGAACCAGUACCGGCACUGGUUCACGAUGAAGAGGCGGAAGAGUUGGUGGGGUGGCGUCAGGUAUCACAAGAAGCGCCCCUCAAUGAAGAAGUGAUACCGAGAGCGCCUACAAUGGUCCGGCGACGCAGGGAAAUAGUACGAACUCGCGAAAUAGUACUGCGUUCCCGAACCAUACGGGUCCCAGUUGUGGAAGAAGACGAAGAACGUGGCGCAAUAUCAGCAGAUACGGAACCCUUCCACACGCCGGUAGUGGAAGGUUUACCGGCGAAAUACCGAAGGCUGCUGAUCGCGCCGGAAAUCGACCCGUACACGGUCACUCGAAGUGCUGACGGGUCGACCACAAUUGGGUGCGGUAUGUGCCCGAAGGAAUUUGGGACGUUGAAGGGAUGGCGAAUUCAUGCCAGCAAAAUGCACCGACAAAGCGGCUUUUGUCAGAAGUGUGGUCAUUUCAUUGACAUGCCGCACGUUAGCUCCGAUGAGGAAAUAGCAGCAACGAUGGAGCUCCAUUCCUUAGAAUGGUGCCCCAUGGCCACGAAGGCCGUCAUAAGUGAAAGGGCUGCUAAACGAAGGAGACUAGAGCUAGUUGGUAGAAGCGACGAAGCUCAGCACUAUUACAUUCCUG